AUGCGUCUGAUCUCGAUACAGCGCCAAUUACUUUCUGCACUCCAAAUGUUUGUAUCUAUAAGCACGAACCUAGCUCCUCAUUCCUAUAGUGAUCAAUCACCCUCACUCCCGACACACGCGUAUUGUCCAGCUACACCUCGAUUCGAACCGUUACUAUUUGCAACUCAACUGUGCUUUAACAAAAGUACCCUUAAUGACACUUUAUCAACUAACAAUCCGACGAUGGACAUUGCAGGCGGUUCCAAUCGAAUAGGAAAGAAGGGAGGUCCUCGUAAACGGAAGAAAAACAAGAACAAAAAACCAAAACCGCUGGACAACAACAAGAAGAACGAGGAAAAUAAUAAACCAAGUCCACCCAUAACGAACGACGCAUCGAAGAAUGAAAAUCAGGAGUCAAGUGAACGUAGAUCAAGGACGAAAGAAAGGAAGAAUAAGGCACAGCAAAAAGACAAGGAUCAAUAUAUGCUUAAUGAAUGUGAUGCCGGGAAGUUUGUAGUUGUUGAACUAUGCAAUGAUAUCUUGAUCGAUACAAUUGUACUUGCCAAUUUUGAGUUUUUCUCGUCAACUUUUAAACAUUUUAGAAUUUCCGCCAACAAUGAACAUCCGCCUAGAAAAGAAAGGCCAUGGCGUUUGUUGGGAGAAUAUAAAGCUGAGAACACGAGGGAAUUACAGGUAUUCAAAGUAAAAGAUCCUCUCCUUUGGGCCCGUUAUAUUCGUAUAGACUUUGUAAGCCACUACGGCCGUCAAUUCUUCUGUCCUGUCAGCCUUUUACGCGUAUACGGAGUCACCAUGAUUGAAGACUAUAAGCGCAAGGAAGAAGAGGACUCUUCCUCCGGAGCUUCCGAUAUAACCGCAAGAAUAAAUAAAACCGAUGAUGACGGCGCUAUGGGAGAGCUUAUUGACUAUUUAAAAACUGAGGAAGAGACAUUAAAAAGGAUUGAUAAGAAACUGAGUGGCGAGAGUGAGGAAAAAGGCAGCGAAGAGAAAAGUGAGAGACGGAAUGGUGGUGGGAAUGGGAAAAAUGAAGGAUUGAGUCCUGGAAAUGAUCAGGGACGCGAUGAUAGAAAGGGGAGGGUUAAUGAAGUAAGCGGUGAAGUUGAUAGAGAAACCAAUUCAGGGGAACGUAAUCUGUAUAGAGAAGAUUCAAAUUUUUUGCAUGCACUCUUUGCCUCUGAUUCCAUGUCUACGCUUCAGUGUCCUCGAAUACAUGACGAAAAGGAAAUAUUUAGCUAUCCGCUCUGCAAAAUUACAGAUGACCCAUAUUACUUUAUGUCAUUCUCCGAUUAUGCACGAAGACUGUUAGAUUAUCAAUAUAUGUGUUUGGAAGAUCAAUGUGGGCUCUAUGAAGAGAAUUGUGGGAACACAAGAUCAGCAGGCAGUGGUGCUGUGACGACACCAUCAGCAUCGCCGUCAAUACCUUCACCUUCUUUAUCAAUGCCCUUAUCCUCUACCCUCCCCUCGAGUUCUGCUCACGUCUCUCCCCCCACUCAUCAACCGUCUUCACAAGAAGCUGCUCCCCCUCGCAUCCAAAAAGAAGAUUCUGAUACUCAGAGCGUCUAUCAAAAGUUCCUCAACCGUUUUUCUGAUCUUGAACUUAAUGCAAUUGCGGCAAGGAAAUCUAUGGAGAGUCAGAGUAAGAUGCUGAGAGAUGUCCUGAACAAAAUACAAACUCAGCAAGUUCAGAUUUUGGGUUUUAUGACCGAAUUAAACCACAAUGUGACGGGACUGGAUGAAAGAUUGGCGAGGGUUGAAAGCACUAUAAGUGAGCAUGCCAGAGAGAUAAGAUUUCUAUCUAAACAGAUGGAAUUUUAUGCAGAGAUUUCUACUCUGGAAUAUGUUGUCAUCGUUUGGCUCCUUAUCCUUACGCUUGUCAUGGUUGCAGUAUUAUGCAAUUACUAUGUUACACAGAAAUUUCUCGGCACUAUUCAUGACUUGUACCGAAUGAUAAUAAAUGCGAUGAAAGUGUCUGGGAUUCAUAAAGAGCCCAAGCUAUUUGUAAAUCAGGAUGAUGUAAAGGAUUCGGCAAUCAAGUGA